UCUAAAAAGAGGUUUUUGUUACUCUAAUUUUGCUCACGACAUAUGGAUCCAGAGGCCGGCAAUACGCAAUCUUCUAGUUGUUCAAGUGGCAAUGUUCGUUUGAAGACUGAUCCUGCUUGGGACCAUUUCAAUGUGUCUAAUAAUGCACAAGGAAAAAAGAUUUUCUCAUGCCUUUAUUGUGGCUCAAAAUAUCAAGGUGGUGGAAUUAAUAGAAUGAAGUAUCACCUAGCUUGCAUUCGGGGAAAUAUUGCGGCUUGUAAAAAAGUUCCGGAUGAUGUUCGCAAGCAAAUGGCGGGGUUUCUUACUUCAUCAAAACAAAAUGAGAAAGAUUCAUUUGAUGAUGCAUAUGAAGAAGUUGAAGAAGAUGAUGUUCAAGAAUUUAGUUCUCUAAUGAAGUCACAACAAAAGACAACAACAAUAGAAAAAUCUUUGGGAAAGCGGAAGGCCAAGGAUUCCAUUGAAAAAUUUAUGGUUCCAAGGACAACCCCGGAGUCUCAACCAGGGAAUCAAGAGUGCAUUUGCGAACAAACAAGCAAUUCGGGAAGGCGCAUAUGGCUUUUGCACGGUGGUUUUAUGAUUCAUGCAUUCCAUUUAAUGCAUUGA